AUGCCCCGAAGCGCUGUCGCCGCCGCACCACGGGCAAGACGAGAAGGUGGGGGUGCUGGCUCGUCUCCGACACAACGUCCCUCUCGGCGCAGCGGCAAGGCCGACAAACACCCCUCCGUGCCAGAUGCUGUCUUCCAAGUGGAGACACUGCUGGAAGAGGCUCCUCAUGCCGGCCGUGAGGCGGAAUACGAGUCCGUCGUCGCCUACGUCUCGCGGCGGCUGUUACACGAGACAAACACCUCCCUCUUUGUGUGCGGCGGCUGCGGCUGCGGCAAGACAUCGACCGUGAAACGUGCUCUGCGGGCCAUUUCGGCACGUGUGCUGCCCUGCGAUGCCAAAGCGCGCAGUCUUGUCAAGCAUAGCACCCUCGAAGAGUGCGGCUGGCGAACUUGCGUAGAGGACGGUACUGACGCGGCAUCUGUCACGGCCGAUGCCACUCGCAGGACUCGAAAAACAUUGCCAACCACGCCUACCAGUACACCACGCUCCUCUCGCCAGCUGCCGGCGGAGGAAGGCAGAAGCCCCAGUGACGCGAACGGGCUCACGCCGUCGUCCUCGACUUCCUUGAAUGCUGCGCUGUCGCACACCACGUCGCCAGACACGUCGCGCACCUCCGCAUCGUCAUCGGCUGCAGCCACUGCGACCAGGAGUGCUCGCCUCGCCUUGCACUCACCCGAAUCGAGUCGGCCAAGCGACUCCAGUGUCAACUCCACCUCCACCGUUUUGGAGGCUGCCAGUCCGGCGCGCCGUGUCAAGCGCGGUCGCGCGGCGGAUGAGUGGGAAGGGGACAGCAUUCGCUCAGCCGAACUAGACGGGCAGGCCACAGAGGUCCUCACGCGGGGUGAAAGUGCGUGGCGGCAGGCCCAGGGGCUGAAGCAGGAGAUGCCACCACGACCCCAGCCAGAGCCGUACAGUCUUGCCUACUUCAGUAUGCGGUACCCCGAGCUGUUCUCGAGUGUCGGCACUCGUGCGACGGCAUCGCCCUCUUCGCCAGCCACUUCGCAGUUCCGUCAGAUUUUUGGCCACUACGUCAACUGCGCCGACGUCAGCGGUCCGCUCUUGGUAGAGGCGGUGUGUGACAGCAUCCGGGCAACGUGCAGCCGCACCGACGGCGCCACACAGCUGCUACUCCAGUGGCUUGCGUCCAUCGGCAAGGCUGCACCCAGUCGGGGUCAGGCUAUCCGUGGCGCAGCUGCUGAGUCGCACGCCGCUUCUACCUCUUCAGCCUCGAAGCGGCGUGCGAGCCCGCCGGCGCUGCACGUCGUUGCGCUCGAUGAGGUGGAGUACCUGCGCGGCGGCGGCGCCAAAAUGCUCACCCUACUGGCGGAGCUUGCCUUCCAGCACCCCGCGCAACUUGCCCUGAUCUUUAUAUCAAACCAGCGCGCCUUUGUGCACGUGCCGCAGAUGAUGCUGGAGCCGCUGCUGUUCCAGCCCUACAGCGAGGCCCAGCUGCGGGAGAUUGGCGCCAGUGCGACGAAUGCCGAGCUGCAGCGAUGCGAGCAGCUCGUCGGCGCAGACGACCGCACUUCGAGAUCCCCUGCGGCGAAGAGUGCUACAGGAAGCGCGAAGGUGCGCAAGACCGCGGCGCGUUCGUCCGCAACGGACCACAAGCAGCUGCGCGCCUCCGAUGUGGACAUUAAACCGCGCCUGUACGAUUACAUCGCACGCAAAGCGCUCCUCGAGUUUUCUGGCGAUGUCCGGCAGGUCAUCGCCAUGUGCCACCGCGUGGUCUCAGUUGCCUGGAGGGAAGUGGCUGAGGCGAGGCUCGAGGCUGCCGCUGCUGCUGCUGCUGCGACGGCUGCGACAUCUACGCCCCCGGCGAUGUCACGCGACAGAAGAAGCACCGCAGUCAUACGGAAUGAAUCAGCUGCCGACUUAUCCUCGAAGCUGGAGGCUGCCGUUGAGGCUUACAGCGUGGACAAGUGUGCAGCCGCCGCAACACGAGCGUCUACGACACUCUCAGGCACCUCACGGUCUUCUGCAGACGCCGCUGGCGUAAACAGCACCUCCUCGACGCGGUCCAGCGGGGCCGCGGGCGCAUCGUGUGCAUUGCUCACCGCUGCAGCACCGCUUGCCCCAGCUCCCUCGGCGUCGACGCCGUCCUCCGGUGUCAUGACGCUGGCCAAGAGCGUCCGUGUCCUACAGAGCAACCAGGUUGAGAGCGACAUGGACAAGCACAUCGGCACUCUGCCGGAACAGACGCUCUACGUCCUCAGCUGCAUCGUCGUUCUAACUUUGCGCAAGCAGGAGGAGCGUGCCUACGCGUUGACGAGUGUCGGUGGCCGCAUCGGCACCACUCGCACGCCGGGAGCGGGUCUCACCGUGGCCCAGCGCGCGGUGCCGACGCUGUCGCUGAAGAUGCACGAGGUGCACCACUUGUACACACGACUCAUGGCGAAGCUGCACUUCCCCGCAAUGCGGGCAGACGGCUUUCCUGUGCAGGUGGAGUGCCUCGCCGACUUUGGCGUGCUGACGCGGCCGCAGUUGCGGGGCACCGAUCGCAUCUUCUCGCUAAACGGGACAUGGACAUUGCCGGCGAUGCAAGCGGCACUCGUGAAGCGUGGCGAGGCGAUCAAGCAGGACCGCACGACGACGGGCGCUGGGGCGAUGAUGGAGAACCGCUUCGAGGAGGUGCUGCGCGAGCUGGCGAGCUUACUCAAAUAG